CAAAAACAUCCAAAACCCGGCUACAGAAAAUUAAUUAUUAAAAGUGCUAAAAUACUUUUUGUUGUUGAAGCUGCAUUAUUUUUCACAUCGUACGGUAUAUGGUAUCGUAUGAAUACAAAUCGUGCAAUUACUUGGCAACGAUCCAAAUAAAAUAAAAGAAUCACGAAAGAAACAAGAACUUUUUGCAUUAAUUUUGAAAGGAGAUACAGAAAAAUUUAACGAAUCAAGUAAUACUAAACCAUCAUCAGAUACAAAAACAAUUCCAGUCAAGAAAAAUUAAUAGAAAAUGGAUAUAGAAAAUAUGAAACAAACACAUGAUAGAAUUAGAAAUUUAUUAAUCGAUCGUGAUGAAGAACGUAAAAAAGAUUUACAACGUAAAAAAUUAAUUAAAAGUUUACAAAGUUCUGAUCAAGAAAAUGUUCAAUAUUUUCGUGAUGAUUUCGAUGAACGUAAAAAACAAAUUGAUUUAGCUCUUAUGGAAAUUAUUAAUUCCGAAAAUGGUACACUUUUACCAAAUGAUUUAGCAAUACGUUUUGAUAGUAUUACAAAACAAAUUAAUUUAUUACAAAAAUUUGUGUCCGAUUCGACAAUAUUCUUAAAGGAAUAUGAGAUACGUCGAUCGCAAGAAGCAUUACAUGAUUUAAUUGUACAAACGAAUGAAUUAGAGAAGAAAUAUUUACCAAAAAAGAAAUUUGGCUUUAAAAGUAAGAAACAAGUUAAGCCGGUUGUUAUCGAUGUUACCACCCCAAAAUUAGAUGAAAUUGAUGGCAGUUAUUUGAAAACAAAAUAUGCAUAUAAUACAGAAAAUGAAUAUAAUUUUAAAUCAAGAACAGGGGAAACAUUAAAACUUGAAGGAGAUUCGAUUGAUAAAAAAGAUAUAACAUUAGGUAGUCUAACAAAUUGUAUUGUAAUAUUAACUGGUACACCCAGUACAUUACAUAUGAACAAUUUAAAACAUUGUAUAGUUCUAACUGGUCCAGUUGGUACAUCGAUAUUUAUUGAAAAUUGUGAGAAUUGUAAAUUUUUAUUAGCAUGUCAACAAUUACGUUUGCACAGUUCAAAACGUUGUGAUAUUUAUUUACAUGUUACAAGCCGUGCGAUUAUUGAAGAUUCAAAUUGUAUACAAUUUGCACCAUAUCAUUUAUUUUAUGAUCAAUGUGCAAAUGAUUUUCAUAAAGCUGGACUUGAUUUAAAUAUUAAUCAUUGGAAUACAAUUGAUGAUUUUAAUUGGUUGGCUACAGAUAAAAAAUCACCUAAUUGGGAUUUACUUGAUGAGAAAAAUCGUAUUGUUGAUUGGACACCCUAUUUGAAUAGCUGAGACAUUACAUAAAUAAAAAAAUGUUCAAAUUUUAAGUCGUUGAUGUAGUUUUUUUAUUUUUAUGUCUUAGAUCAAUCAUUAAAAUAUUUUCGUUGAUAGAAUUGGAUACAGAAAUAUUAUUGGGUUUUCCUAUUGUUUGCAGGCGCAAAAUUCUAUUCCGAAUUCUAUUCUCUUUGAAUUUGUUACAAAAUUUUGACAGGUGGUGCUAUACAGGGUGGACCAUUUUAAUAUAUUAUGGCUAGUAACUCGUUUUAUAGCCAAUUAAUAAAUAACUUGAAAGUGUUAUUCUAUUUCUUAUCUUUUAGGAUCUAAUUGACUAUAGAAGCAAUUCGGAGGACUAGGUCCAAUCUGAUGUUAGAACAUGAUGUACCCCCAUCAAACUCUACAACUUAUGUUCAUAUCAAGUUAUGUUUUGAUUGAUUAACUACAAAAGGAGCUAUAAUAGAUUAAAAUAGUCCACCCUGUAUUUAUGUUAAUAUUCAAUCUUAUCAUAGAAAUCGUCUAAUUUUUGCUCUAAUGAUUUUUUUGUCUAUUUUGCUAUUGUAAUACUUCAGUUUAUAAGUAAGGCUUAUUUGUUGUACUAAAUGAUUGUUAAUAAUAAAAAAACAUUUUAAUUUAAAA